AUGGCUUCUCAACUCCUCCCUCUCGAGCUCAUUGACAAGUGUGUCGGCUCUCGGAUAUGGGUUGUCAUGAAGGGCGACAAGGAAUUCUCCGGAACCCUUCUCGGAUUCGAUGACUACGUCAACAUGGUCAUGGAAGAUGUGACAGAAUUCGAUUACACCGGUGCCCAGAUCAAGCUCCCCAAGCUCCUGCUGAACGGCAACAACAUCUGCAUGUUGAUUCCCGGCGGUGAAGGUCCCGUGGCAAGCUCAUAA